GGCGCUGCAGUCGCCAAGUUAUUUUGACAUCCGGGCGGGUUACGUGUGUUUUCACUCCUGGGAGAUUAAACUCCGGGAUUUGUAGUAUAAGUCGCAGGGAUUGCUCCCAAAUAGGCAAGGAAAUCAUGAAAAGUGCAAUCCAUCUUCUCAUCUACACCGUCCUGGUUUACCUGCAACGGGCAGUUUUGGCUGUAGAGCUGACUUUUGAGCUGCCCGACAACGCCAGGGAAUGCUUCUAUGAGGAAAUUGAGAAGAAUAAAUCAGCUACGCUGGAAUUUCAGGUUGUUACAGGCGGGCAGUAUGAUGUGGACGUAACACUGGAGUCUCCAAAGAAGGAGAUCAUCUAUAGACAGAUCAAAACCCAGUUUGAUUCGCAUUCAUUCACAGCCACGGAAACGGGAAUUUACGUGGCUUGCUUCAGCAAUGAAUUCUCCACAUUUUCCCACAAGCUCGUCUACAUGGACUUCCAGGUGGGUGAUGGGGAAGCCGCCCUGCCUGGCAUCAGUGAGCACGCAACGGUGCUGACGCAAUUCCAAACAUCCGCCGAGGAGGUGCACAAGAGUCUCAAUCAGAUUCUCGACUUUCAGACCCAUCAUCGCCUUCGGGAGGCUCAAAGUCGAAAACGCGCUGAGGAGCUAAAUGAGCGCGUCUUCUGGUGGUCCUUCUUCGAACUCUUUGCCAUUCUCGUCAUCACCAUCACGCAGGUGAUUGUCCUCAGGAAUUUCUUCACAGAUCGCAAACCCAGUCAAAUGGGUGGGAAGUUUGUGGGCUAAAACAGAGACUGUGCAGCAAAAGGCGUGUGUGCUCUAUAAAAAAAAAAAUAGAAAUUAAUUCACAAAAAAUUGUGCUUAAGAUCGGGAAAAUCAUCUCUUUUUUCAUGUUAAAAGAAAGAAAAACCUCAAUGUCUGUGGAAAAAAAAUAAUUAUUUUUCUUCAUCAAAAACACCGCGCAUUGGAAUUAUACAAAUGGGGGAUGUAGAAGAAAAUUAUUUAAUUGCAA